GCUCGCGCCAAGCCAUUGUCGACGCUGUCCCUUUCUGAGUUUCUGACCUCGAAUGUCAGCUGAAUCGCAUUUUCAAUUGGCGAUGGCGAUGGUGGAUGUUACGAGAUGAGGCCGAGCUGAGAGAGGAUGGAACCGGGAGAGGCGGUGGCCUCGAGCAGCGUGCAUCUCAGCAACUCAUCGUUUUAAGACGGGUACAAUACAUUGCCAACCAUGCCGAGCGCCGACGUCCUCUUAUUUAAUAUCUCAAGCUUCAUCGCCGGCCUCUUCCUUCUUGAAUACGGCGCCGACAAGUUCAUAGACCAAACGGCAGUUGUCGCCCAACGGCUCAAUGUGUCGCCGACUCUCAUCGGUUUGCUCACUUGCGGCGCUGAAUGGGAGGAGAAGAACUCGGAUCUGGCGCUGGGGAACGUCAUCGGCUCUUUAGUCGCCAAUAUCCUCUCCUCGUUCUCCCUUGGCCUCCUGUUCAUAAAAAAGGUCGAGUUUGAUCGCAGCUCCAAGAUCUACACCGCCAUCCUUCUGGCGGCCACCUCGCUAUUUCUGGUGGUCCUUGCUACUCUGAGAGUGUUUCCUAAGUGGAUCACAGGCUCGCUGUUGAUAAUACUGUUCGUGGUCUACGUUGGAUCGGUCGCAUCGCUCAUCUACCGGGGCACGCUCACGGCUCCUGAGAGCAACUCAGACAGCGACAGCGAUAGCGACAAUGAAAGUGACCAUAUAGACAAUGAUAGUUGCAGCGACGACGAAAGCGACGAAGGCAGCAUUGCUAGCCUCUCAGGCAGCAUCAGUCACCUCAGAGACGACGAGGAACAAGGGCGCCAGCUCCACCAGCUCAACCCCUCCAAGAACCACUCCCGAAAACGCUUGCGAUCUCCCCAACGAUUGUCUCGCAAACCGAAACCCUUCAGACCCCUUUACCGCCAUAUUCUGUACCUCAUGCUCGGCCUCGCCGCCCUGCUCUUAUCGAGUUACAUUCUCGCCCACAGCGCCUCCACCAUCGGGCGCGAACUCUCCCUCUCCUCCACCGUGGUAGGCACCACCAUACUCUCCCUGGCCACUACCCUCCCGGAGAAGUUUGUUGCCGUCCUGGGCGGCAUCAGACACCAGCCGGGGAUAUUGGUGGCCAACACUGUCGGGUCCAACAUCUUCCUCGUUACCCUGUGCGGGGGUGUUCUGCUUUUGGGCGGAGAUGUUGAUGCCAUUGCGAAAAGCUUCACAAUGUUCGAGUGUAUAGCGUGCGUGCCGGUCGAUGGCGACGUGGACGCGGCGGUGACGGGGAUGGCGGACCUGAAGAACAACUGGCUGGCCGUGGGGUUCGCGUGGUUGCUGUGGUUGCUGGUGGUGGUGGUGAUGGAUGUGGCGACGGUCGUGUUGGUUGGGCUGGGCAUCGCCGAAGCGGAUGGGUGAAGGAGUGGGAGUAGGAUUGUCAAGGUCAACGUGGUAGGAAAUAGGCAAAAGGAUACCCGUAGUUCUGGAGCAGCAAAGCGUAUAUUUAUGU